AUGAUCGCGUGGAUGCGGUCUGCGGCACUUCACACUCCCCCCUCGUUCUUUAGCAUCAACAUGGGAUGCGGCAUGGCGGCGAUCCUUCUACACCACUUUCCCUAUCCCACCGUAUGGCUAGAAUACCUUGGCACAAUCGUGUUCGUACUCAACGUCGUGGUCUUCGUCCUACUCUUGCUAGCCACGAUUGCGCGAUACCUCUUCUUCAGCGGGGUAUGGCGCGCCGUCGCAAACCACCACCUCGCCGGCCUGUUCUGGGGAACGUUUCCCAUGGGCUUCGUAACCAUUGUUACGAUGAUCUGCUACGUCUGCGUGCCCGCAUGGGGACGGCACUGGGCGUACAUUGCGCUCGGCUUCUGGUGGCUCGACAUUGUCGUCUCAGUAACCGUCUCGCUAGGCAUGACGUUUGUCAUGUUUACGCGGCAACGACAGACGGCCCAAACCUUGGGUCCACAAUGGCUCCUCCCCAUCGUGUCGUGUAUCGUCGCAGCGGCGGCCGGGGGAACCGUCUCGCAAACCAUCAUGCCCUUCAACCCGAACCUGGCUAGGGGGACACUAGUUGCCUCCUAUUGUGUAUGGGGUCUAGGCAUCCCACUAGCGAUGAUGGUCAUCUCGCUCCUCAUCUUCCGCUUUGCUACUGGUGGUUCGCCUCGCGGCCAGAGCUUGGCGGCCAUCUUCCUCCCAGUUGGACCAUGUGGACAAGGAUCGUUCGGCAUUGCAACGAUGGGAGUAACAGCCCGCCGCCUAGCCUACGAGCACGACACAUCAAUCAUUCCAGGCGUCCAUGGUGAAGAUGCCCGCCACCUCGCGAAUGCAAUGUACGCCGGCGGCCUCGUAACGGCCUUUAUACUCUGGGGUCUCGCAUUGGCAUGGUACACGAUCGGUAUGGCCAUGUUCAUCGACGGGGUACGGCGCGAUCCAAAACUCCUCGGCCUGGGCGACUUUACCAUUAGUCAGUGGGCUCUUACUUUUCCGAUUGGGACAUUCGCGACAUCUUCAAUCAUCUUAGGCCAGGAAUUACACUCGACGGCAUUCAAAGUCAUUGGCGCGUUCUUAGCUGCGCAGGUCAUCUUGCACUGGCUCUACGUGACGGUAUUUACGACGUGGAAGGUGGUGCAGGGCACGUUCUUCUCGGCGCCAGAACUCAACGACGCUUCGCCAGUUCCGAGGUUUGGGCUCCGCGAGAGGGUGGCGCGCGACCUCGAGGCUGGAUAUGGCGAGCCAGAGUCGGCUAGUGACGAUAGCGUGCCGCUCGAGGUGCGGCGCAUGUCUAUCAUGUCACUGGGACCGCGGCGCAUGUCGAUGAGACGAGGGAGUAUGUCGAUGAUGCCGAUCGAGACGUAG